GAGCUUAAUCUUUCUCUGAUGAGCAUAGUGUGUGUGGUCAAGCGUCCAAGAUGCACGCUCUCUCCGUCGUUGGCUUGCUUCUUGUUCUGGGAAUCGGAUCUUGGGCUGGAAACCCCUGUAUUCGAAAAGAUUUUCACCGUACCAGCUUCGUGUGUGUGUGCAAUAGCACCUAUUGCGAUGACUACGAGCCCUUGAGUGCCUUGCCCCCGGGGCAAGUCUUAUUGGUCUCGUCGGACAAGCUCUCCAAACGUCUGGAAUCCACCGUGAUCGACUUCGUUCCCCUUCCCAAUAGCACAGACGGUCGUUCCGUAUUGACUAUUGAUAGGAGUAAUAUUGCCCAAAGAAUCACGGGUUGGGGAGGAGCCUUUACCGACGCCGCAGCUAUCAAUGUGUUUUCUGUGAAUAAGACCACGCAAGACAAUAUCAUUAAGUCUUACUAUUCGAAGAAUGGCCUUGAUUAUCACACUGGACGGAUCAAUAUGGGAAGUUGCGACUUUUCCCCCCGACCUUACUCGUAUGUGGACACUCCCGGGGACGUGGAUUUGACUACAUUUGCUUUACAAGAAGAGGAUUUGGAUUACAAAAUCCCUUUGAUCAAGAAGGCUCUGAGUGAGACGGACAGGCCUUUGAAGCUCUUUGGCAGUCCUUGGACAGCUCCCCCAUGGAUGAAAUCCAACAAUGACUACGUUGGUUUCAGUCAUCUCCUCCCAGAUUAUUAUCAAGCUUGGGCCAACUACUUUGUCAAAUUCUUGGAUGCGUACAAAGCACAAGGUAUUGAUAUGUGGGGAUUGACGGCUCAAAACGAGCCCACUCAUGGGUCUCUCCUGGACCUCCAAUUCAAUUGCAUGGGCUGGAAUGCUUCGGAUCAAAGGAAAUUCAUCGUUGAGAAUCUGGGCCCAGCAUUGGAGACAGCCGGUUAUGGUGAUGUGAAACUCAUGAUGCUGGAUGAUCAACGCUCCUUCAUCGAGGAGUGGGCUCAAGAGGUGCUGGAGGAUCCUCGAGCUUUCGAGUAUGUGGAUGGCAUUGCCCUUCAUUGGUAUGCGGAUGACCUCGAGUUUCCGCUUUCCAUGGAUCAAUUCCACAAAGAUUACCCAUCCAAGUUCAUCCUCUACUCUGAAGCGUGUAAUGGUUUUGGAGAUACGGCCAUUGAAGCCGUGAGCUUGGGAUCGUGGAACCGAGGAGAAAAGUACCUGGAUAACAUUAUUGAGGACUUGAACCAUUGGGCUGUGGGAUGGACCGAUUGGAACAUCGCUCUAGACAUGGAGGGUGGUCCCAAUUGGGCCGGAAAACGGGCGGAUUCUCCAAUCAUUGUCAAUGCCGCUGAAGAUGAAUUCUACAAGCAACCCAUGUACUACGCAUUGGGACACGUGACCCGCUACAUUCCAGAAGGAUCCUUCAAGAUCAUGGUUGACGACGGGGGCGAAAACACACAUUUAAAAUUCACCGCUGUCGAAAGACCCGAUGGGGGCGUGGCCCUGGUCCUGAUGAACCGUGACCUGGAUCUUACCCGAUCUGUGACGAUUGUUGAUCCUGACUUUGGCUCAAUUGACCUGGACGUGGAGCCUUCAUCCAUGCAUACUUUAGUGUAUUGGAAAUAAGCAUAACAGUCUGGUUCGCAUCGGAAAAUAUAAGCCCUCAAUUCCCUAUUGUAAAA